AUGAAUGCAUCUGUGGAUAAGAAGACGUAUGAGGUGGACAUUCCAUGUGAAACAGAUGAAGAGCUUCACAUAGACAGAGAAAUAGAAUAUGCACAGAGUUCAGAUGGAGAAAAUGGAACAGAUGAAAGAAAAAAGCCAGGAAAAUCACCUAUUCUGUUGCUGCAGACUCCUACCGGUGAAGUGGAACAUUUUGAUAACCGGAAGAAAGUUGAUGUUGCUAGGACAAAAAGCAGUUCAGACAGUCCACUCCUGACAACAGAUAUCAAGAAUGAUUCCAAGAUUGAAAGGAAAAAACGUGUCUCAAAUCAGCUGAAGGCAAAUGCACACUUUCAUAAGCUGUUUCUGGAUGUUCCCAUUGAUGAGCCACUGAAACAAAGUUUUACCUGUGCUCUGCAGAAAGAAAUUCUGUACCAAGGAAAGUUAUUCCUUUCUGAAAACUGGAUUUGCUUCCAUUCCAAGGUUUUUGGUAAAGACACUAAGAUUAGCAUACCUGUGCUCUCAGUGACACUUCUGAAGAAAACCAAAACUGCCCUUCUUGUGCCAAAUGCUCUGAUCAUAGCAACAGUCACAGAUAGAUACAUGUUUGUCUCCCUGCUCUCCAGAGAUACCACCUACAAGCUAUUAAAAUCUAUCUGUAGACAUCUUGGGGAUACAAGUAUGGGCAACAGUUCCAAUCCAUCUUCUGCUGAAAACAGCUUCAGGGCUGAUCGUCCUACAACUCUGACCCUGGAUUUCAAUGAGGACUAUUCUGAUCUGGAUAGAAUAGUGCAGCAACGAAGACAAGAGAUGGAGGAGUCCAGUAGCACAGGCUCACAGACCCCAGAGCUUGAAUGCUUUCAAGAUUAUCAUGUCGUUGAGACACAGACUCACUUGAAAGUUUCAAAGACCGAAGCAAAGUCUGCCCGUUCAGAUGCGCACAGUAAACACAUACCUGAAGGAAAAGCCAGAAAUGGUCUUCGAAAUGGAGGUCAUUCUGAAGCUUUCAGAUUCUUCCACAAAAUGAAGUCCCAGAAGCUCUUAUCGCUGAACCACAUACUUAUAUUUUAUGCAGUUCUUGUCUGUGUUUUAAUAUUUUCUACCUUCUACAUGAGAUACAAAAUCAAUGUCCUGGAGGAACGUCUUAUUUCCAUCACAUCCUUUGAUUCACAUGUUAAAGACCAUCCAGUGCGCCAAGGUUUGGGAUCUCAUCUGCAAAUUAAUGCUGAUGCCCUCUGUGAUGAGUUAACUGCCAAUCUUAUAAAAUUGGAAAAGAUACAGAACAACUUACAAAAACUUCUUGAAGACGGUGAAUGAAAUGUCAAUGUUCUUGGACUGCUUGAGCCUUCAUUCGUUUUGCUUGGCAAACAGUUCUAAAGGAGCUCCGCUGGCCAGAGUUCAAACUUCUUUAUUUUCAGUCCAAGCCAAGGUUAAGCUACUGUAAAGCUUAUGUCACAAUACAGAAAGUCAUUCUAUUCUUGAGCAAAUACAUGUAUCUGUAUGUUUUGAAAAUAAGAGGUUUUUUCCUUCUCUAUUCUGUGUGAAGCAAUUAAUGAAUUUUACAGCUUGUUUGAUUUUAGACUUCCUUAUGCCAGUGCAAAUCCGGUGCAACUCC